UAGAUAAUUUAAAAUAAUAAUUAAUAAUUGAAACUUCUAAAUUAUUUUAUUAUAUAACAAAAUGUCACCGGAACCAACACAAGAACCAAUAGAUAAUGUAAAUAAUUCUAAUAUAAAUGUUAAUAUUAUUACUGGACUUGAACUUAAUAACGAUAAUCAAGAUGCUGCACUGGCUGGAUAUAUGCCUCUUUCUGAUAAUCUAGUUGAAAGAGAAACGUUAGAAGAAGAUGAUAGUGAAGAAGAAUUUGAAUGGGAUUUAAUAUCUUCACAAUCUCAACAAACCAUGAAUAAUGAAGAAGAAUCAUUAAUUAGAUCAGAAACAUUAGAAGUUUGGUCUUCUCAAUCAAAUACAUCAAACAUUGAUUUAGAUGCAGAUAAAAUUAAUCAAGUCAAAACAGCAAUGGCUUCCUUCAUAUUACCAAAUACAGCAAUACCACAAUGGGCAAAUUAUAUAUCAGAGGAUCAAUGGAAAGAACAACUUAUACUACGUAUAAAGGAGAUACAGAAAAAAUAAACAGUAAAAGUAAAUAGUUAUUAACUAUGAGAUAAUUUUGCUUUCUAAUGUAUUAUAGUAUGCC